CGGCUGUUUCCGUGUAAUGGGCGUGGUCACGACUUGCAUCAGGACCAGCUGCUACUCCUGUAUCUGCGGGAAUAGAGCAUCAUCAUUUGGGGCAGGAGAGCAACCAGGACCGGUCAGGACAUGAGCUAGGGGCCCCUCCCUGCACCCACACAGACAGCCAGGAUGGCGGAGAUCACCAAUCUCACCCCCAGCUUCGAUAUGUCACCAAUAGCAGCAGGUUUCAUUGGUGCCACCGUUUUGGUAGUGUCUGUGUCUUUGACAGUCUUUAUCUGGACCUGCUGCCACAACCGAGCUGAUAAGAAAAACAAAAACCCACCGUAUAAGUUUAUACAUAUGCUGAAGGGCAUCAGUAUCUACCCUGAGACACUUAGCAACAAAAAGAAAACAAUUCGCAUCCGCAAGGACAAGAACCUGUCUAGCAAUGACACUACUCGAGGGAACCUCCUGGCAGACAAAGCGGAGGCUGGUUUAAUAGAUCACGAGAAAGGUCCAAAUGGACUGGCUACUGCCACAUGUGUAGACCAACUAUCGGUCAAAGUGGACUACGGGGAUGAAGUAAGUCCAGUUCAGAGCCUUAUAUCUAGUGGCAGUAAAACCUCAUCCCUUUCAUCUCCAGAAGAUGAUAUCAUGCUUGGAUCACUGACUCUUUCUGUGGAUUACAACUUUCCCAAAAAAGCCUUGGUGGUGACAAUACAAGAGGCCCAUGGACUUCCCGUGAUGGACGAACAAGCUCAGGCUUCUGACCCUUACAUUAAGAUGACCAUCCUUCCAGACAAGAAACACAGAGUAAAGACACGAGUCUUAAGAAAGACUCUUGAUCCGGUGUUUGAUGAGACUUUCACAUUCUAUGGCAUUCCAUACAGUCAACUCCAGGAUUUGGUACUUCACUUUCUAGUGUUGAGUUUUGACCGUUUCUCCAGGGAUGAUGUCAUUGGAGAAGUCAUGGUUCCAUUGGCAGGAGUUGACCCCAGCACUGGGAAAGUGCAGUUAACCAGAGACAUAAUCAAAAGAAAUAUUCAGAAAUGCAUCAGUCGUGGGGAGCUGCAAGUCUCACUCUCCUACCAGCCUGUAGCCCAAAGAAUGACCGUGGUGGUAUUAAAAGCAAAGCAUCUACCACGAAUGGACAUCACUGGUCUCUCAGGUAAUCCAUAUGUCAAGGUGAAUGUCUAUUAUGGCAGGAAGCGCAUCGCAAAGAAGAAGACUCACGUCAAGAAGUGUACUUUGAAUCCUGUCUUCAACGAGUCCUUCAUCUAUGACAUCCCCACUGAACUACUGCCUGACAUCAGCAUUGAAUUCCUUGUCAUCGACUUUGACCGCACCACCAAGAACCAGGUGGUGGGUAGGAUAAUUUUAGGGGCGCACAGUGUCACAGCCAACGGCAUCGAACAUUGGCAGGAGGUUUGCGACAAUCCCAGGAAGCUGAUUGCCAAAUGGCACAGUCUGAGCGAGUACUAGGUUCUGCGUCUAGUGAAAGUGGGGGCAUAUAAGAUGGGUGGAAGAGAUAGAUACAGGUCAAUAAGGUGGAAAAGAAUGAUGGAGCCAAAUUGGCAGGAAGAUAUCCAUUUUUGUGUAACCUUGUAUAACUCCCUCCAGUGACUAAGGCACCUUUAAAUGAUUGCGUUGAAGGUUGGCCCAAUACUAAAGGUGUUAACCUCGUUUUAGUGGUAGAUCAAAUUUUCUUAGGCAGUCGGUCCUUACAGGACACGCUAACUCUCAAAAAUUUACUAACACAACUUGUUAAAUAUCAAUUCCUAGCAGGACUACAAUAAUAACUUGUUUGCAUGUUUACGGCCGACUGAAAAUAUUUCACUUAUUCCUGUUAUGAUUUCUGUUUGUCUCCUCAAAUACCAUGUAAAUGCCAGGUAUCCAAUGAUAUUCUUAUGGCCAAGACAGAGGUAAGAUGUGUUCAAUAAACUGUUCAUCUCAGGAGAAGUUUAGCUUACGCACAGGAAAUAGAUUGGUAGAGAUAAUCUGAUUAUCACCAACUCAUUAAUUAAUUAUAAGAAUGUGGAUGAAUUAUAAAAUAAGUAAAGAUGUACAGUCUUCACAUUAAAAGGGGGUUUUAUUUUGCUGGGGAGCUUUUUGGAUCACAAGCAAGUAAGCAGUCUGAUCAGUCUUUAAAAGACCGAUUUCCCAUCUGUCCAUACUUAGGUAACCUGCAAUCAUAAUAGGUCUACAGGACUUGUUGUUCUAAUAGCAUGCAUUUUUUCUCCUAAACCCUGUGGUCCUUUCCUGGUCACUCUGUUCCUCUACUAAUCCUGAAUUAAAUAUAUAUAUUUACAUUUUGAUUGUAGUCUACGUGGUGAGCUGUGACUUGUUUGAUUUCAAACCAGGAGGUAAAGAGGCCCUUCUUAAUAAGAAUAAGAUCAGGCAGGCUAAGGCAGAAUGCAUUGAGACGCACAAGGUUCUUGAGAAAACUGGACCCGUUAGUGGAAGUACCAUAGAUGUUCAGACACCCAAAUGAUCUUGCAGCUGUUUAAUAUGAUAAACAGUUCUUAAGGUUGCAGCCCACUUUGUUAUGUUUUGAUACAACUGGAGUCAUGUUGUGCAGAUACCCACAACCACAGUAUAGGUGAGUGAAAACAGACAGAUAUAGUAAUUUUGCAAAAAAAAAUAUCAAACACAUGUAAACAAAUAGCAUACAUGUGCCAAGUAGGGAUCACACAUGAAAGACUGUAAUACAUAUUAAUCUCAUAAUUUAUUUUAUUAUCUGACAAUUUUCUACCAAGCUAGUGUAUACCAUUAGCUGGGUUUGGAUUUUCACUAUAUAUAUAUGUGUAAAACUUAACGUACAGAUUUUGCAAUGUUAAGGAGUUAUCCAGAGUUCUUUCAACGUAAUGAUUUGUAAUAAUUCCAGCUUCUUUGUAUUGCAUUAUGAGUAGAAAGCAGAGCGCAAUUAUUCCAAUGUAUCUGGCUUAGCUAGCAUAAUGGUCCUUUCAAAUUACUGUCACAGAAUUCACUGGUUCAAAGCCAUAGUGAAAUGGUUUUUUUUUAUUAAAAGAGCUUUUGAGGCAAAGUUCUACAUUUAGAACCUAUGAGCAGGAAGAUAUUGGUUCCCAUAGUGAUUGCUCCACUUUUAAAAAUGCCUCAAAAUUGCUGUUCAGAGAUAAAUCAAUGUCCAAAGUUUAACCUUUACAAAUACCUGUAUAUGCUUAUCAAGAAAGGGAGGGGAGUGGAAUUAAUUUCUGUAAUUCACAUUUAGGCUGAAUAAAAUUACAGUUUCCUUUUAAUGCCAACAGUUCAGGGUUGUUGCAGAUCAUUGACCUUCUAUCUUUCCAGACUACAGGAUAGUAUUCUAUAUUUAUAUGGGUUAAAAAAAUACCGCCAUUUCUAUUAGCUGGCUUGAUCCGUUAUCUGUAAUACAACACAGAGGUUCGUUUAUUUGCUAAGUUUAGCGAUUAUACCCCAAUAUGAAAUAUCAAUUCAAAAAAAGUCAAGAAGCAGUGUCUGCAUGAAUGUGAAACAAAUCCAAAGCUGUAUUUGGGAAAAAAACGUCCUGCCGAUUAUCACCGACGCAUUCCAUGUUAGAUAUUUGAAAUGGUAUGGGCUUGGAAGCUAUGCUACUUUAAUAAUUUACUUCGCCAUAGGAGUGCAGUGCUUUGGAGUAAUGUUUCCAAGAGCCUGGGAGAAUUUUAUUUCAUUUUCCAAAAUCUGAGAUUUUGUUAAGGUGUAUAAACCUUGACAUCCUUCAUUCUUUUUAGAAUACAUAUACAUAGGAGAAAGUUGCAAUUCAGUUUUAUUGUGCUCUAGAAAUCCUCUUGGUGAUCCCUUGGCAACCUCUGCUUUCUCUGUGCCCAUUUAACAAGACCAGCUUUCUCUGUGCUGUCCUGGCAAGCUCUGAUCUUCCUGUGCGCUCUCUUUUAAAAUGAUCUGUUCUCUCUGUGCUGCCAAGUGUUGCCCUAUUUGUGCUCUCUAACUGGUUUUGGUUUCACUGCAAAAAAAGUGAGAAACAAUUUAAUUGUUAUUAUAACAAAACUCUGAUGGUAUUGCAUUCAUUAUAUCUCAGGCUACAGUGCCAUGGAUAGUCCCUAAACCUAACAUGGAAAGGCCUAUGCUAUGGCUUUGGCUAAGGAGGAUGGCAGUUACAAUGCAUGAUAUCUUGAGAGCAGUAGGUAACUUAACGGCUAGUGCUAUGCACCCACCUAACCCUAUGAGCUUGCUAUCACAAAAUUACCAUGGAUAGUGUUCUAAUCUUAAACGGAGAUGCUACGGUUGGGUGUUAUCAUAACCCGUAAUGAUAAGGAAGACCUAACCGCGCCAUUAAAAGGGCACUUUUAUGAAUAGGGCAUUGAUUGUAUGAAUGCAAAUUUGCUAUAAUGACACGUAGAAUAUUUAAACUGACAUUCUUAAAUGAAUAACCUUUUUCGCCUCUCCCACUGGAAGCUCUAUUCUAUGCACCUUCAGUGAGCUCUAAUUUGUGCACCUUUCACUCUCUCUCAGCUCUGCCUGCAAUCUAUGUUUUUAAUGCUCCCAGACAUUCUGAAAUCAAAGCUCUGCUUUAACCUGCUCUCUUCUCUGUGAUUUUGAAGUAAGCUGUGGUUUCUUUUAGAAAUCCGCACUGCCUCUAUGCUCUUUAAUUAAGCUCAGCUUCUCUUUUACCCUUUAAGCAAGCUAAGCUCUGUACACUCUCAUAAUGCUGAUACAUAUCUGUGCUGUCACACACAGAUAUUAUCUUUUUGUUCUGCCAAUUAGCUCUGUUGUCGGUGUGUUCUCCCAGCAAGCUCUGCUCCCUAUAUGCCAUUUCAGCAGGCGCUCAGUAAGCUCUGCUCUAUCAGUGUGAUUUACCAGCAAGCUCUGCUCUAUAUUCUCUCCAAGCAAGCUCUGCUUUAUUAUUGCUCUCCCAGAUAGCAGUGAUUUCCAAAAAAUCUGCCUUGAUUCUACCACUUUCUCUUUUUUGCAGUCUCCUGGCAACAGCAAAAUCUGCUCUCUGUGCUUUUACCGCGCACUCUAUCAAAACAAGCUCGGUCAUAUAUUUGUAAGCAGACUUUUCUAUUUCAUCAAACAUUGCUCUUUUGUAAAUACACACCUUUACCAGGAACUUACAUUGUGAAUUCCCUCUAUCAGCCUUUUGCUAUCUCGUAAAACACUGCCUUUAUUCUGCUUUCCCUGCACACUCUGCCCUCCUAAGCCAUCUCAUCAAUAUGUUGAUUUUUUUUUCUACGCAUCUUUUCCCUUAAGUAAAGAUUUUGAAAUCUCCCUUGCAUCUCUAGAUAUUGUCAAAGCUCUCCUCUUUCUGUUUACAGAAGGGUUUCUUGCUUUAUAUAAGUAAAUGGAUACGUCUUUUGUUCUUCUGGUCUUAAGGACUGUAACAACCAAUCAACCCCUCCUUUCUCUAGGCCCCUUCUGUGAGAGAGCAGAACAGCUUUCCUCAUGAUCUGCUCUGGGGAGGGAGACAAGGGUUUGGCUUAUCGUGUUGACAUGAAUUAUUCCAGUCUGGAGAAUUCUCCAGGGGGACAAUCAGGAACAGAGUACAGUUAUGCUGAUGCAUUUGUGCAUUUAAUGGGCAAAGCCUCUUUCUUAGUGCAUGCCAAAUUCUCUCCUCCAGAAUACAGUUUUAAAAAGCCAGUCCUCUCCUAAGCAUUGUAAAUACACAUUUAAUCUUUCCAAUGGAACGGCUGUCACGUUUAACGUGCAGAUGUCUCACGACUGCUACAGAGGAAAGGUAUGAACCAAAGCGGAGAGUGUUUAACACAAAUAAUACAUGUUUGCACCUUCAGUCCCCUGCCUGUGUGUGAGGCCUGGUAAACACUACACCUCACAGUGCCUUGCUCAUAUGUUCACAAAAAAGGAGAUUAUCUGAUCUCUCCUCACCCUAUCUCCUCUUUAUAUAUAUAUAUGAUCCUGAUACAUUCAUUUCAAAUAUAGGAAAAUAUACAAAAAUAAAAGCCCUUUUAAUUCUAAAGUGUGUGAACCUGCAUAAUGCUGUACGCUAUAUUCUGUAAUGCUCUAUUGUACGUUGGAUUUGUUAACACACCAAUAAAGAUUGAUUCACUUGAAUUGA